AUGAUUCAUUCAAAAACUAAAAAUCAGUCAAUUAAAGUAACUGUCAUUCACUCACACAUUGGAGGAAAGUCUUUUUGGAAGGAUUUGAAUAAAAACUGGAAAAAAUACGGGGAAACAAAAAUUAAGUUGUCUGUAAAAUUCAUAAAAAAAGAAAUUACACUCAAGGAAUUACAAAAACAAAAUCCUGAUAUUAUUGUUUGUAGUGAUACAGCUGGAUCUCCUUCUUCAUUCUCAGCUAAUGAAGUCAUUGCGUUAGAAACUUUUUUAAAAAACAGUGGUUGUAAACAUUUAUUAGGGACUUAUGCUCUAUUUCAACACCUUGAACAAAGAACAAAUGGAUAUGACAAUAGAAAAAUUUGUCAUCUUUUUGGUAUUAAUCCUUCAAUGAAGUUUGGAACUAUAAAUCUUGAGCAGUCAAUAUCUUAUUGUCCAAUAAAUCCAGGAAAGAGUAUUCUUUGGAAUAAUCUUGAAUUACCUUAUGUGAGUGAUGGAUAUUGUCAUAGUCAAGUACCUUUUUCGUUGAGUUGGUUCAAUGACGAAGGUAGAUUCAUUGGUGGAAAAGAUGUUACUGUUUUAGCACGAAAUGAACAAGGGACUGCUGUAAUUGUGUAUUAUUCGACUAAGACAUACUCUGCUGUUUAUAUCUCGACAAUGCCAGAAUUCAAUACGCUUCAAACAAAGGUGGAUUCUCAAUUCAUCUACAAUUUCUUUGUGUAUACAUCAAGUAAAAAAACUACAUAUAAAACUGGUCUUAUCUCAAUUCCCACCACAGCUCUUCCCAUCUAUUCAAGAGCAUGUUUUAAAGAGAAAGAAAUUAAAAAGAGUUAUCACAAAAAAUAA